AUGUCGUUGCGAGAUCGCCAGAGGAAGAAUAUUGAAAAUAUUUUGAAUUUCAACGAUAAUAAGAAAACGAGUGAUUUAGUGUGGAAGGUGUUGGUGCUUGAUGGCGUAUCUAAGGAUGUCCUCAGCACCGCCGUUAAAGUACAGGAUCUUAGGGAACAGGGCGUGACACUACAUGCAUUCCUCCACAACGAAAGACCUCAAAUGAGUGAUGUUCCUGCCAUUUACUUUGUAGAGCCAUCGGUGGAUAACAUGAAGCGUAUCGCUGCAGAUGUCGGCAACUCGCUCUACGAAUCAUUCUACAUCAAUUUCACGUCACAUAUACCCAAACAUCUUCUUGAGCAACUCGCCAGCUCAAUCGCCCAAACGGGGAGAGAGGAUUUAGUAAAGCAGGUUUAUGAUCAAUACUUAGACUACGUAGUUUUAUCACCCACUCUAUUCUCUCUUCUCCCUUCCUCUUCCACACCUUCGUUUCAGAUUCUCAACCAUCCGUCUUCCUCAGAGGAGAUUAUAGAAGCGGAAGUCGACAGGAUUUCGCAGAGCUUGUUCAGCGUUCUCGGUACUGUUGGGUCUGUACCCAUUAUCAGAUGUCCGCGCGGUAAUGCGUCGGAAAUGGUAGCCCGUAAGCUAGAUGAACGUUUGAGGGAUCAUCUCCUCUCUACGCGCAAUUCUAGUCUUUUCAAUGAAGAUAGAUCUCUUCAGAGACCCCUGCUUAUUCUGUUCGAUAGGACCCUCGAUCUCAUACCAAUGUUCUCGCACAGCUGGACAUACCAGGCACUUAUUGGUGAUGUACUCGACCUGAAGCUCAACAGAGUCAAAGUAGAGACGCCAGAAAAUGGAAAAUUGUCGAAAAAGUCAUACGAUCUCGACUAUAAGGAUUUUUUCUGGUCUAAAAAUGCUCCAAACCCUUUCCCACAAGUCGCAGAGGAGAUCGACGCUGAGCUUACCAAGUACAAAUAUGACGCAAGUGAGAUUACCAAGUCGACUGGAGUAUCUGAUGUGAAAGAUAUUAGUCAAGUCGACUUUUCUUCAAAUGCUGCUAAUCUUAAGAGCGCUAUCACCGCCUUACCGGAGUUGACUGCGAGGAAGACUACGUUGGACUCGCAUAUGAAUAUCGCUACAUCAUUGCUCACUGCUAUCAAGACUAGAGGGCUCGAUACCCUUUUCCAGACUGAGGAAGUUGCAGCCAGACAGUCUAAAAAUCAAAUCCUUGACGUAUUGAAAGAAGUCGAUGGGGCUACUCCUGAUGAUAAACUUAGAUUGAUUAUCAUUUGGUAUCUUUCAGUUCCUUCUCCUAAUUCGGCUGAUGUUGCUGAGUUGGAGAGGUACUUGGCUGAUAAGGGUAUCGAUUUGAAACCAUUUUCUUAUAUUAAGCAAGCUCGCCAAGUGAGCAGAAUGACUUCACUUACUGCUGCUGCGUCGACCGUUGCUGCUGCUCCUACUAAUGGUGGUAGUGAUUUAUUUAAAGGAUUUAGUUCGAUAAGUAACAGACUCACCGACAGAUUGCGUGAAGGUGGUGUAGGAUUUGACAAUAUACUCUCAGGAGUAAAAAACUUCCUUCCAGCCAAGAAGGAGCUGGCUAUCACAAGACUGACAGAGGCACUUAUGGACCCGUACAACUGCUCAUCACAAGCUAGUCAGGACGUAGACGAUUACCUCUAUUUCGAUCCAAAGCAGUCGAGGUCGACAUAUGGGCAGAAACCAAGACAGCAGGGUGGCCACAAGCAGAGCUUCGAUGAGUCGUUGGUAUUUGUCGUUGGUGGUGCUUCUCUGGUGGAACAUGCCAACCUUGUGGAGUGGGCGACGCGCCCUCAACAAACGCAAAAGAAGGUAACUUAUGGUGGAACAGAUAUAAGCUCACCCAAGGAGUUUGUUGGUGUAUUAUCAAAUUUAUCAUAA